AUGACUGUCAAAACGAUUGAAGUGGACGCUGUGUUGUUCGAUAUGGACGGAACGUUGAUCGAUUCAACGCCAGCAGUGAAUGCAACAUGGGGUGAAAUUGCAAUCAAAUAUGGAUUAGAUUAUGAUUACGUUUUACAAACUUGUCAUGGCUGGAGAACGGUGGAAAAUUUAAAAAGAUUCAUUCCUUCAAUUCCUGAUGAACAAUUACCCGAAGAAGUAAAAGCGUUCGAAGGAAGAAUAUCACAAAUUGCCGAAGAUGCAAAAAAGAAUGGAAAACAAGAAGGUCAAAUCGUUGCAAUGCCAGGCGCUGUUUCUCUUCUAGAUGAAAUUUGUUCAGGUCAAAAAGAAGAUCCUAAACGAAGAGCAGGUUGGGCAAUCGUAACAAGUGCAACAAAAGCUUAUGCUCAAUUAGGCUUCGCUUCGGCAAACGUUGCCCCUCCACCAAACGUUUUCAUCACUUCGGAUUUAUGUUCGAAAGGUAAACCUGAUCCAGAACCAUACUUGCUUGGAGCGAAACAUUUGAAUGUGGAUAUCAAGCGUUGCCUUGUCGUAGAAGAUGCUCCUCCUGGUGUUGAAAGUGGAAAGAGCGCAGGCGCAAAAGUGCUCGGCCUUAAAACAACACACGACGGAAACAGAAUGUGGCAAAAAGGCGCAGAUUUCGUCGUAGAAGAUUUGAGUAAAGUACAUGCUAGAUGGCAAGGAGAUCAAUUAUUCAUCGAUAUAGAUUCAGAACAAUCUCCGCUACAUACAAACGGCAACUCAAACGGUCACAAUGGUGCAUGA